AUGGCCUCAAGGUUGCGACAGCCGGGCAUUUUUGGUCAACUAUGCUGGGACACCUAUACCUUGAUCCUUCUCGGGUUUCCAGAGCGCCCAGGGUCCAGUCGUGAUCAGGUUCUGGCCACGCUUGAUACAGCUGCACUACGUGUACUUUCAGCGUACCCCUCUCUUGCUGGUCAAGUGGUCAAUCGAGGCCGGACGUCCACCAGCUCCGGCAAGUAUGAGAUUGUGCCGUACCCACCUCAUGAGAACAAGUCUCCUGUGCGACGGAAGGACUGCACUGAGGUUUGCCCUUCUUACGGAGAAAUCGUCAAGACUGAUGCUCCUUUCUUCAUGCUGGAUGGCGACGUCCUAUGCCCUAUGAAGGGUAUGGGAUACGCGUAUGGUCCAGAAACCGAGUUUCCAGUCUUCAUCGUCCAGGCGAAUUUUGUCAAGGGUGGACUGCUGCUCUGCUUUGCCUGCAUGCAUAACGCUCUGGACAUGAACGGACAAGGCACCGUCUUGAAGACGUUUGCUGCUGCUGGCCGUGGAGACGAACUCGAUCCUACCUUACUAGCCGUCGAAAACCUCGAUGCAGAUAGCAUUGUACCACUUCUUAAGCCUGGAGAACCCUCUGCGUCUCACGAUGUUAUGCGCCGACCAUCGAUGCUCACAACCUCCCAAAUUCCUGGUGGCCCACCCAGGACGUUACCAUGGAAUUACUGGCGAUUUACGAGCGACAGUUUAGUCCGGCUCAAACAGACGGCAUCUUCUGGAAGUGACUGGGUCUCGACCAAUGAUGCCUUAACAGCAUUUCUGAUUCAACGCCUCACAGCAGUGCGUGUUGCAGCUGGAAGAGUUGCGGUAGACGAGGAAGUUCACCUACAGCGCGCAGUGGACUCGCGAUCCGUCUUGAACCCCCGUGUACCUGAUGGCUAUCUAGGCCACCUUGUCUCCCUUGCCGACACGAAAUGGUCAACAGCUCAGCAGAUCUGCGACUCAUCUUUAGCCGAUCUAGCGUUCAAGGUUAGAAUGUCGUUGCGUGAAGUGGAUGAUCACUUCGUGCGCAGCUUAGCCACGAUGAUCAAGAACACCGAGGACAAAACGACCAUUUUCUAUGGUGCGCAGGCCAAGCCAGGUCGGGAUUUUAUAUGUUCUUCGUGGGCCCAGCUGCACUGGUUGUCAAAAUGCGAUUUCGGCCCAGGAUUAGGGACGGUUGAUUUCGUAAGGCGGGCUCGUCUGCCUGGUGUGCCUGACCUCACAUACAUCAUGCCCAAAAACAACAAGGGAGAUAUGCAUGUAGCAGCCUGCAUGUUUGCCGAAGAUUUCGUUGAUCUGGUAAACGAUAAGCAGUGGAAGGAAUUCGCGGAGCUAGUUGGGUAG